GUUUCUAGAAAGCAAUUUUGUUAGUCUUCCCGCUUGCCUUACCCAAUUUAUCAACUUGGAGUCGCUUUACUUGAGUGGAUGCAAGAGGCUUCAACAAGUUUCAGAGCUUCCACCACAGUAGAAAGUGUUAAAUGUGAGAGACUGCGUAUCAUUGGAGAGAAUUUCAAAGUUAUCAAACAUUUUGAAAUAUCAAGAAUCGCAAAUGAUUGAGUGGCUGGACUUGACCAAUUGCUGGAGACUCUGUGACAAUCUGGUUCAGGAGGCAGAGAAGAAAGGUUUGUUGGGGUGAAUUAUGAUCAUCAGUUGGAGGCUAAUCUCUUCUCUCUUCCUCUCUCUUCUCAGAUGUUUGAAUUCGGGGUUGUACUUCCGGGUUAUGAAAUUCCAAAGUGGUUCAGCUGUCAAAUGGAUUUCAAAGGGAAUGGACUGUUUGAAUUUGAUAUUCAAGUCCUUCCUAAUUUCAAAGGGGAGAACACAGGAUUGGCUCUAUGUGUUACUGCCGAACGGAUGUUAGAUUGGGGAUUCGAAAUUUUUAUCAACGAAGUACUACUGCCGAUUGGAAGGUUAAAUGAUCAUAUCCGUUGGGAUUGGGAAUUCAAUCGUGGAGCUGAUUCGGCUCAUGUGUGGCUGCUUUAUAUUCCGUUCGCUAGAAUGGGUCUGUUUGGUUAUGAGCGUCGACUGCCUCCUUUUCAGUGUCAGAGUUAGUAUUUAUCAAAGACUCUAUUCUGGUGCGGUUCCCUUGAAAAGCUGCGGAGUGCACCUGGACCUGGUAAUGCCACCAAAUGAAGUGUGUAUGAAACUAUCCCACGCACAGAACCUCAGGAAUAGACUCAAAGCAGAGGACGAAGAGCUCAAGAGAAGAAGGGGGCCGUCAGGACUUAAGAGACUUAUCUUUAAUUGGGAUUAAGUGAAAUGGCUGGUCACAAAAUUGCUGAUUCUGAAGGACCAAGUGUUGUCAAUGAGAUCUGUAGCAUCACUGCCCCUGCUUUAACGCAUCACUGGCCAGAAUGACCACAGGAGAGUGAA